AUGCCCAAUGAGGCGGGCACUCAGUAUCGCAUCUGCAUACGCAACUGCAACCAGUUGCAUCACACACAUACCCAAGCACACGCACACAGUACCAAGGAGUCCAAUAACCGCUGGACAAGCAUCCAACAACCAGCAAUCCAACACCCAACCCAACGUGUCCGUGCCCGUACCCAAACCAUACCCGCACCAUUACCAGCACCCGGACCAAUUCAGCCAUCAAAACGAAACUUGCCACACGAGCUAUCCGAGGCAGGCACACUGAAACACACACCCACAAAUCCGCAAAUCCCACUGAAUUGUAACAGAGACGAGGAGCCAGAGAUAGAGAUAGGAGUCGAGCUUGAAAAUCCCCAAAGCCAAAACAAAGUCGAAGACCAACAGCCAGAGCAAGAGCAAAAGCAAGAGCAAGACCAAAAAACCAGUGAGGAGAUCAAUGAACGCAGCACGCAGCUGACAGCACCAGCAGCAACUCAGCGGAGCAUAGGAAAGGCGCCACGGACGGACACUACUCGGCUGGGGCGUUCAAGUUCAAGCAGCAACUACUCCGACGACUGCAAGCAGGAAGUGGCGUGGCUGCACCUUAAUUGGAGGCAGUGUCAUUACCACCAGAGCCACAGCAACAGCAACAUCAACAUCAACAUCCCAAUCAAUAGCAAUAGCAACUGCAACUGCAACAACCAGCGCUCAUCCUGCUCGAUGUAA